UUUUUAUGCAUUCAUAUGGAAAAACUAGGAGCACACUUGGAAACUUCCUGAGAAAGAUAAUAGACACGUUUGGUAGGCUCUGGGAAGCUGCCUGGAUUUAAGGUAACUACAGUAAUGAGUCAAUCUCUAACCACGUAAAAAUGCUCCAGUGUUUUCUUUGUUUUUUCACAGAGCGGAUUAUAUUAGUUUUAUCUGGGAAAGUGACUUAAACUAGCUGUUCCUUAAGCCAGGCGCGGUUUUACAGGAGAAGGAAGGGAAGAGGGCUGUUAGUGCUGGGUUACGCCCAAGGUGCUGCAGCCUUCUGGGCUUUGUUGACUUGCGUACGCGCGACGUGCCAAGUCCGCCACUAGGAGGCGCGGGCCCCUCUCAAGGCUUGGCCUGUGAGCAGCGCACAGAUGAGUCGUCACUAAGCGAGCUGCACCCUUUAGCCGGCAGAGAUGGCGGCUGCUGUGGAUUCGGUGGUGGAGGAUCCGCUGCGGAGCUUUGUGAGAGUUCUGGAGAAGCGCGAUGGGACAGCCCUACGACUGCAGCAGUAUGACUCCGGUGGUGUGGGUUGCGUUGUUUGGGACGCUGCCAUUGUGCUCUCUAAAUACUUGGAAACGCCGGGGUUUUCUGGAGAUGGGGCCCAUGUGUUGAGCCGGCGGUCGGUGCUGGAGCUGGGCUCAGGCACCGGGGCGGUGGGACUCAUGGCUGCUACCCUCGGGGCAGAUGUUGUGGUCACCGAUCUUGAGGAAUUACAAGACUUGCUGAAGAUGAAUAUUAAUAUGAACAAACAUCUUGUCACUGGUUCUGUUCAAGCCAAGGUACUGAAAUGGGGGGAAGAAAUAGAAGACUUUCCUUCUUCACCAGACUACAUACUGAUGGCUGACUGCAUAUACUACGAGGAGUCUUUGGAACCAUUGCUGAAAACACUGAAAGAUCUCAGUGGAUCUGAAACUUGUAUCAUAUGUUGCUAUGAACAACGUACAAUGGGGAAAAAUCCAGAAAUUGAGAAAAAAUAUUUUGAGCUGCUUCAGCUAGACUUUGAUUUUGAAAAAAUUCCCUUGGAAAAACAUGAUGAAGAGUAUCGAAGUGAAGAUAUUCAUAUUAUAUACAUCAGAAAGAAAAAAUCAGUAAGUACAUUCCCAGUUCUUCAUCUUCUGAGGAUAUUUCAUCAUCUGAUCACUGUUUCUGGGCUUGUGUGUGGUCAAGGCCUUGAUUUUGAUGUGGUAAAACAGCUAUGACUUCAUUGAACUCAGGCAUUGACUCAGGAUUAAGAUCACUUAUCUGUCUUGCCUUUGGUUCUUAUUCUAAGUAAGGCAGGCUUUUUGUUUUCUUUCAUGCUGUGCUGGGGACUGAAGUCAGGGUCUUGCAUGUGGAAGGAAGCACUCUACCACUCAACUAAACCUCCAGCCCAGCAGGCUUUUUUUUUAUAUAGCUUUGUAAUGGGAUGUGUUAGUAAGCAGCAGUUAAUGUAACAAUGCCUGAGGUAAUAACUUAAAAAGAGGAAAAGUUUAUUUUGGCUCACAUUUCUAGUCUGUAAUCCUUUAGCUCCAUUGCCUUAUGACAAGGCAGUAUGUCAUGAGAGAGAAAGCCCAAUCACCUCAUAGCUGGGAAGGAAAAAGAAAGAAAGAGGAAAGGGCAGAGUCCUGUGGAAAACACAUCCCCGAUGAUCAGAAGACCUCCCCCACAAGGUUUCAUCUCGAAAGAUUUCACUUCCUCCUUUAAUAUAUGGGCCUUUUGGAGACACUAAUUCAGACUAUAGCAUUGGGCAUUAUCCCAGACAAGUGACUUAGCUCUUUAUAUUGUAGUUUCUCUUAACUCAGAUUUUAAAAUGCCAGUUCAUACUUUUGUGAACUUUCUCCAGUCAUUCAAAUUAUUUUUAACAAAGUAAAAUGUAAUCAGACAGAUCUGGGGCUGAGGAUGUGGCUUAAGCUGUAGCGCGC